AUGGAUAUAAAUAGAACACUACCUGGGACAAUUAAGCUGGUUGACCCUAAUGGCAAAGUGAUUGAGCAACUGGUACAGUAUGACUGGAAACCCCAGUACUAUCAAACUUGCUAUCAAAUUGGUCAUUCAUGCCACAACAAGAAAGUUCAGAAGCAAGAGAUGGGGCAGCAAACAUAUGGUAUGCAGAAUCAAGGAAAGAUAUGGAAAGUUGAAGAACAAUGGCAAUUGGAAAAAGGUAAAUCUGCUACAAAGAAUAAUGGAGAUGGAAGAGAUGAGAUGGCAGUUAACACUGGCAAUGCUUUCACAGCUUUGGUAGAUACUGCACAAAGAGGUAUGAAUAAGGUGUUUAAGCAAAAGAAACUAAAAAAUUUUAUUAGGGAGAAUAAGGUAGUGCUUAUAGCAGUUUUGGAGAAUAGAGUUAAAGAAACAAAGGCAGAAGGUAUCAUAAAGAAGAUCUUCAAUAACUGGAGAUGGAUAGAAAAUUAUUCACAGGCUCCAGGUGGUAGAAUAUGGAUUGCUUGGGAUCAAACAAGGGUAGACUUUGAAGGGUAUGAAAUGCACCAACAAUACAUAAUAGGGGAAGUCAUAGAGAGGCAAAAUGGCAAUAAAUUCAGAUUUGGUACUGUCUACGGUAUGCAUACAGUACAAGAUAGGAAAAGACUAUGGGAAGAUAUGGAAAAAGCAAUGGCUGGUGCUACUGAUCCUUGUGUGCUAAUGGGAGACUACAACACCAUCUUGACUAAUAAAGAUAGGGCUCAAGGGACACCAGUACAGGAAUUUGAAGUGAAAGACUUCAAAGAUUUCAUCUGGAGAAAUGGACUAACUGAAUUAAAGACAGUAGGAAGGAAGUAUACGUAG